ACAGUCGAAACAGAUAGCAAUGCAAUUGUCGAACAUCUGUCUGAGUAAUAGUCACGGGCAGCUGUUCGACAAGCCAAAUUUCUCGCGGAGAAGAAAUAAAAGUGUCACGCGCCGAAAAACCUUCUCUACAAAAGUCAAAAGGGCUGUCUCACAAAAUGGCGCUAUCGAAUCUGAUCUCCGUAGCUGUGGUAUUGUCAGUUUGUUGCUUGAUUGCCAGUGCGGCGCCUCCACAAGCGGCAGAAGAUCACUUGAAAAAGUUGGCUACAGCCAGUAAUAAUUUGGCUCUGAAUUUGCAUCAAAAAUUAUCAUCAGGAUCAUCUAGUAAUGUUUUCUUUUCUCCAUUCAGUAUUUCUACCGCUUUUGGAAUGCUUUACUACGGUGCAAGGGGAGAAACAGCUCAGGAACUUAGAACUGUUUUAGGAUAUGAGAAAGCUAAUCUAUCAAACCAGUUUGUUCAUUCAUCUUUUUAUCGAUUACUAACAGAAUCGAUAAAGAGUGGAGAUUCCGAUAGCUAUGUCCUUAAUGCAGCAAAUGCCAUUUUGGCUGACAAAAGCUUACAGUUGAUAGCGAAUUACAAGAGAGAAGUUCAAGCCUUAUACCAGGCUUCUGUUCAGGAUGUCGAUUUUGCGAAAGAUGGGCCUAAGAUUGUGGAAGAAAUAAACGAUUGGGUAAAAGCCAAAACAAAUGGCAAGAUCGACAGUUUGGUUGAUGAGCUGGAUGCGUCAACUGUUCUGGUCCUUUUGAAUGCUGUCUACUUUAAAGGUACUUGGAAAACUGAGUUCGAUGUGAAGAAAACUAAACCUCAGAAAUUUUAUAACAAUGGAUUGGAAUCAGAAGCUAAAGAAGUACCAAUGAUGCACAUAGUUGGCGGUUUUCCGUACACUGUUGAGGACGAUGUAGAAGUUCUGGAAUUACCAUACAAAGGCGAAAACAUCAGUAUGAUUAUCUUGUUACCUAAAAGUAGAGAUGGACUUUCUGCUCUUGAACAGAGCCUUACACUAGACAGACUGGAGAACAUUAGACAGCAGUUAGACGAGAUGAAAGUCGUAGUCUCACUUCCUAAAUUCAAAGUGGAAUAUUCGAGAGAAAUGUCUGGAGAAUUUCAGUCUUUGGGAGCCAACAAAAUAUUCAGUCCGAUUGCUGAUUUUUCAGGGAUGACAACUGAGAACAACGUUUACGUCAGUCAAAUUCUUCAUAAAGCUGUGGUGGAAGUGAAUGAAAAAGGCAGCGAAGCUGCUGCUGUUACUGGAAUCAUUGAAAAUAGAAUGAUGAUUCCUACACCAGUUUUCACCGCUGACCACCCCUUUUUGUUUGCCGUAGUGGAUAACAGAAAUGAUAUUAUCCUGUUUCUAGGUCGUGUAAAUAAUUUGUGACGUCUUAAUUUGUAAAAUUUCUAAAUAAACCCCAGCAUACUAAACAAUAAAUUUAUUUAUUAAUGUCA